AUGGCAAUUCAAACACUCGACUAUAGAGACUUUCAGUAUGGCGGUCAAGAGCAACACAGAACGUUUUGUCACAAUCUCUGUGAAACUUUGUCAACUUGGGGGUUUAUCAAAAUACAGAACACAUCUAUUCCAGACGCUGUCAUAGACGAGCUUUUUUCAUAUAACAAAAAAUUCUUUGCCUUGCCUGAACAUAUUAAACAAAAGGCACGUCACCCUGCAGCACCCAACCCGCAUCGUGGUUGGAGUGCUGUCGGACAAGAACAGCUAUCGAGAAUCGCUGGUUUCGAGAAAGACGAAGAAACCGACGGUUUCGUGCCUGAAUACCGAGAGUCUUUCGAUCAAGGUGCAGCCGAUGAUGAACUUUUUCCCAAUCGUUGGAUUGAUGAGGAUGACUUGCCCGGGUUUCGCAAAUUCAUGGAAAAUUAUUAUGAGAUGUGUUACAAUUUCCACACUCAGCUUCUUCGAGCAAUCUCAACCGGAUUGAGUCUUCCUGAGGAUCUUCUUUUGUCCAGACAUCAGACCGAUACAAGUGAGCUGCGGAUGAAUCACUACCCUGCCAUAGCUUGCGAGAACCUGAAAUUUGGAAUGAGAAUUGGUGAGCACUCAGACUUUGGAACCCUUACACUUUUGCUGCAGGACUCUACAGGCGGCCUACAAGUUGAGGAUCAGAAGAAAUUAGGCACCUUUAUCCCUGUGGAAUCGGACAGCAGAUACGAAGUUAUUGUCAACGUCGGUGACUGUCUACAACGCUGGACAAACAGGCGAUUACGAUCAGCAAAUCAUCGGGUGCAUCUGCCCGAAGGCAAAAACUUCAAGUCUGACGAAGUUUUGGCUGAUCGCUAUUCGGUUGCAUAUUUUGGCAAACCGGACAGAAACGUACUAGUUGACUCAUUUCCAGAGUUUUGCAGAGGUGGAGAAAGCAAGUACAACGAUCAUAUGAAUGCGCUAGAGUACAAUCAGACAAAACUUCUACGCACAUAUGCGUAG